CCAAGUGUGACAACUCACCGUGAACCCUCAUGUCCAUUGUUUUUGGUGCCGCUGAUAGCUGCAGAUGUGUCAACUGUGAUUCAUUUCGAUUUACAUUUACGAAUUAAUCACCACAACGGGGUGACUGUGACUGUCUUUCCGCGUCCUGACGCAAGGCCAAGUCCAAGUCAGCUGCUCGGAUAGAAUACAGAGGGGCGCCACCAGUCCUCGGUCCGCAGUAUUUUUUUGUUGUUGUUGGCUUGCUGUGCGUUGUUGGAAACGGAAUGUUGCGUCAACUGCUGGUCCGCACGUCUUCCAAGUAACUGUGUGUCAUGCAUUUCACUUUGCAUUGAAGUGCGAUUGCAACAACUUUCAGCUGCACAGCUCCAGAUAACGCGACUGCUGUGCAGUGAAUGUGCACAUCCCUCGUGAUAGGCAAGUGUUGGGCGUAUGCCUGAGGAGUGGCGCCUCGGUUAUCAAUCUUAUCUCUUUGUGAUUGUGGUGUACGCUACGGUGCAGAUCACUAUCAGUAGGAAGUGAAACGUUGCGUUUCUUUUUUUGCGCGGAACCUGCCACUGUCAAAUGUCGCGACGAAAUUCAAACGAACCUCCUACGGACGGCAAUGCGGGGGACAGUGACGACAAUGAGUUUGGAGAAUUUGAGGGCUUCGAAGGUGCAGUCGGAGGUGUAGCACACCCGGCCCCUUCACCGUGGGCCACCUUCCCGGACCUGGUCCGGGUACGAACCAGUCCCGGCAGUUCAUCGGCGGACGACGGGGCGGUCUCGCAACAGGGCCACCGCGUGCACGCGGAGCCUCAAAAUGAUCCCCCAGGCAGGACUCGUAACCCUCCCGACGUCUCGCUCUCUGCCCGGGACGUCGCCAACGACGACGUCAACCUUCUCAACUUCAUUCCAAACUCGCAUCAACGCGCUUUACCAGACAUGGCCGCUGAAUCUGAACUCCGGCACAUCAAUCCAACAGGUCCUCGAGAAGCGGGUCUCCAUCACGUCGCCGAGGUCCGACCAACGCGACGUCAGUGCGACCAGAGCGGCGGCGGCGUCAGACUUCGAGAGCAGAUGCCGGCGUCUCCUCAAAACCACGCGCCGUACCACGAGUCUAACGACGUGCUACAGCGCAGGUUAACGUCGAGCGAAGAUCGCGUUCGCGAGCUUGAAGUUCAACUGAGCGAACUUCGCGCGCGCGAGGCGCGUAUUCAACGCUACACCGAAGACGCAAUGAGCGAGCUUCGGGCAGCACGCGAGACUAUAAUAGCGCAUGAACGUGCUGUGAGAUCCCUAGUGGAGAGGGUGGAGAUAUCAUCCACGAGAAGUCUGCAGGAAAACACCAGGCUAUCCGCAAUAGAAGCCCGCCUGGACCAACUCUCCGCACAGCUGUCGUCGCUGACCUUCGGCGACGGCCGCGUCGAAGUUUCGCCGGCGUCCUCCGCGUCGCUGACGAAAGAGGACAUUGUCCAAGCUGUUCAAGAGGCAAUGUCGAGGCAACGGCACCACACGGUGUCCGAGGAGGAACGACGUCGUCUCGUGCGGUCGAUGGCAGAGUCUUUUCAGUCCGCUAUCACGCAGUUCAUGGACUCGCUGGACAAGCAGGGCGGCGACAGCUAACGUGGCGCGUUCGUGCUAGCCUCCCCCCCCACCUCCACCCUGUGACAUAGCAUUCCAUUAUGGUAUUUUUAGCAAUACGUAGCAUUAAUUUAGGGCUCGAUACUUAACCUCUCUAUUAGGAUCUAAAAGUUCACACGCUGUUACACUUUUCACUUUUAUAACGGGACGCCCCUUUGUUUCUCUGCCGCUCGCUCGACGGGUUCUUCCGCUGGAUCGGAUGUUGGAGGGCGUGCGAAGUGUUUGUGAGCCGAGAGUUUGGUUUUUGUGGUGUGUGUGCGUUUCUGCAAAGUUUUUUUUUUUUUUCGCGCAAGUUACUUUGACAACUUUUCAUGUUGAAAAAAAGAAAGAAAACAGUCUUUCUCUGGUGAAACAAGCGUUUGUUGAACACCUCUAACAAAGUUGAAACAUUCAUAACAUAGUAUAGGAAAGAAAUGUACUCAUAUGCAUAGUCGUUGCAGCUGGUCCGCAGACAUGACUAUAGACGGUACGGACAUGUUUGCAAGCAGUGCCAAGAAUGACUCGUAAUACGACGAGAUAUAGGAUACAACCAACAAAUAACUCGGGCCAGAAGUAAUAUGUAAAUAAAUGUAUAUGCACUAA